AUGCCUAUGUGUUUUGAUGAACUCGUACUAUAUCCUGUGUUCAUUGCAUCAAGGAAAGGCGAGUUACUGUUGAAAAUGUCCCUGAUCGACCGACUUGCUAAGAUGGCGGAAGACUCAAACAUGAAGCCCUGCGCCCUACUUUUCGGUGACGACGGUACUAUCAUCGCUAGCGCUCCCAGCUUAGGCCUCCGCACCAAACUCAGGGCACAAGUCGGAACGGUCAAUCCUCCAAGUGCGGAUCCAUACUUUGGAUUCCACUUGACUGUUCGUCGUGAUCCUGGACAGUACACGAGUGAGGAAGAGGGACAGGGGGUUUGCUAUGCUUACGACCCGAGCCUCGACAAGCCUGUUCUGGCAGACUUUCGGAUCACCGUCAAGUUUCCCCGCGGCCGUAUCUCCUGCAGUUACCUCCCAGUCCCAGAAGUGAUUCAGACCAAAUUUGCCAGGGUCCAAAAUUGGCAAGGCUUCACCUACCUUGUCGUGCGUCUCGACCAUUCUUCCCGUCCAACAAUCCAAGGCUACAAGAAGCAAUACUUCAACCCCCCCGAGCCUAAGCUCCAGGGGUGGAUUUGUCUUACUUCAAGCAACAUGUAUACUAAAGAGUGGAAUGGUUUUGACGACGACGACGCGCACAUCACUGCCGUAAACCAAAGCGUUAUCCAGGACACCCUUUGGGUGCAUCGAGAAGCUGAGCUGAUUGCCGAUGAACGAUUUCCAGCCUAUUUUAUCUCACCUAUUGAGGCUUUCUACGAAGGCGACGGCCUUCACCUCGUGGUUCCGGUGCCUAAGGCAUGGAGAGAACUUCACGAUCUCGCGUGGCGACGCUUGACAAUGAUAAGUUCCCUCCUUACAAUAAGGAUCUAUGAUGUUGUGACGCCCAAACACCCUGAGCCAGCUCUAUGGGUUGGCAAGAUCAUUGAGUGGAGUGAUUCCGUUGCGGACUUGAACGCACAUCCGAUUCAGGACCACGAGCUUAUCCUACGCAACUCCAUCUCCCUCGUGUUUGAAUCAGGCAUCGUAGAAGCUGAGAGAAAGGUCGAGAACAUGCGUAUUUUUGCGCCAUCCGCCCGACCAACCAACCCACAAGCAUGGGGCAUGGCUCUUGACGCUGCAGGAAACAUCCUUGCACCGCACAGGCUUAAUACAGACGAAAGGCAGACGUACGAUAGGGUUAUGCUCAACAUGGAUGUACAUCGUGCCGUCCUUCGUGGUACCGGCUUCUACGAAGUGUUAGCCAGACAGUGGAAUGGCCUGAGGAUUGGCUAUUUGCCUACGAUGUGUUACACACUGCAUGAUGAUCCCUACCUCGUGCAGUGUAUCAUUGAAGAAGCCAAGCACUAUGACCGAGAUCGUUUCCGCGAAUAUUUGAUGCAGUGUGAGCUUAACAUUGGUCUCAUCAUCGGCCCACCAGGAUCGGGCAAGACGACCACCGGGGCCGCAGCAGCUCUAGCAAUGCAAGCCAAGCUCGGCCAGAUCUUGUGUUCUGGUCCGUCACAUGCCUCUAUAGACAUCUUCGCCAGCUGCCUGGAUCAGAGAGCCCGCGCGGUAGCUAGGCGAUAUAACACCAUCGUGCCUGCAGGCGAUCCAGACAGAUGCUACCAUCGCUUCGUAAUUCGAAUGUACAGACCUGGCGAUGAAAUCACCGCCGUUAUUCAGCUUUUGAAAAACCCCCAGGAUAUUGACUGGGCUGCUAACAUGGGUGAGUUCUUCCCGGGAUCUCAAUGGAAGCUACAUCUUUCUUUGGCAUAUUGGUUUCUGGUAAUCGUGCGCUCGAAUGCCGUACCUCCUCUCGACGCAGAUUCGAAGCCGGCUUUACGCACUAUCCAAAACGCCAUCGACACACAUCCCGAUGUCUUGCCACUCCGCCAGGUCGCAACUGGACAGAUCAGUUGGGAUCAAUACGCCUCCACGCCCCACGCCAUUGCCAUCCUCCAGAAGGUGAUGUGUAAGAUCAUGGACGAGGCCGACUUUCUCUGUGUGCACCCCUCAGAUGCUGAACUCACACCUAUCCCUGGUUGGAAGAGGAAUCUUGCCCGAGGUCUUGCAGUCGAUGAAGCUGGCAGCAUGAGUCGAGCCGACUUCUACGGUCUCUGGGGGAAUACUCUCCUCCACUGUUUCCUUUUUGGCGAUCCGAAUCAGCCUUCCCCCACGAUGAUGACAACCCAUGAGAAGGAUGCCGCUGGCAACCUGCACAAUCGUUUCGCUGCCGAUGGUGCUGUUUCGCCUUUGACAUUUCUUAUGGCAACCGGUAUCCCUGUUUUCCGCCUGGAGGCUUCUACGCAUGACUAGCUGAAUUUUUGACUGGUGAGCUUUGUGGUAUCAUGGGCAAAAACAAUCGCCGCUGUAUGAUGGUACUGGUGAGGCGGGUCGGGUCGUCGCAGUUUGAAAGGACAGUGCCAGUCAACUGUACGAUGCAAUUGAUAGAGUGGACAGACAUUGCAAUCUGUUCUGAAUGCUGGCACCUUGUGGGUUUAUUCUUCAGUGUAUCAAACCAAAAGAAUGCAAGUCCGGGUUUUGUACCAAUGCUUCUUCACAUAAAAGUGCUAAGCUUAUUUUAUUGGAGGAUGAAGUCAUACGAUUCCGCCCCAUACAUUUUCCAAUCAACUCCUCAAGGUGCUC